AUUCACGCUCCAAGCCCUGCCGUGUAUUCGUGUUGUUAUUAUCUGUUACUCUGCACAAACAAAGCAAUUUAAGCGCAUACGCCGUCCAAAAGCCAGCUCUCAUGCACUAUUCAACCAGACACAAAUAACUUGUUUGCUUUAUGGGAUCAAACAGGGACGACUUUUACCUUUGGUUUUACGCCGUACGUUGGAUUUUGCAUAAAAUCCUGCAGAAAUGAAGAUCACAGACAGGGUGUUGCGGAGUUUCAGGGUAGCCAGGACGUAUCAAAACAGUGCGGAGAAAGUUAACUGUGUGGAUUACAGCCCAAAUGGUGAAAAUGCGAUAUCCAGCACUGAUGACGACUGCAUUUUGUUAUAUGAUAUGCGAGAUGGAAAGCCCAGUAAGACCCUGUACAGCAAAAAGUAUGGAGUAGACCUCAUCCGCUUCACUCAUGGAGAUACAAACACUGUCAUCUACAGCUCCAACAAACUCAAUGAUACCAUCCGAUACUUGUCACUCACCGAUAAUCAAUACAUCAGAUAUUUCACAGGUCACACUGCACGGGUUACUGCGCUCUCCAUUUCUCCUGUGGAUAACACCUUCAUCUCCAGCUCGCUGGAUAAGACCGUCCUUAUCUGGGACCUGCGCGCUCGUGACUAUCAGGGUUUGACUAAUCUCCCGGGGAAACCUAUUUGUUCGUUUGACCCAGAUGGGCUGAUAUUUGCCACAGGGGUGGAUUCACAGGCCAUUGAACUUUUUGACCUUCGUGCUUAUGACAAGGGUUCCUUUACCACCUUUAAGACCCGGUUUAAUCGUGUCUGUGACUGGACUGGAAUCAAAUUCAGCAACGAUGGGAAACAGAUUCUCAUCUGCACAAACGGAGGGGCCAUUCGUAUCCUGGAUGCUUUCAGUGGGGCCGUGCUGCACACUUUUUCGGGCUACAACAACAGUAGAGGCAUCUCCCUGGAGGCCUGCUUCACACCAGACUCACAGUUUGUCAUGAUUGGUUCAGAAGAUGGGAGGGUGCAUGUUUGGAGCACAGACAGUGGGAUGAAGGUUGCCGUGUUGGACGGGAAGCAUCCAGGACCCAUCAACGCGCUCCAGUUUAACCCCAGACACAUGACGUUUGCCAGUGCCUGCACAAACAUGAAAUUUUGGCUCCCGUGUAUCGAUGACCAAUGAGGAGGGGUGUUUUUUGUGUGUUUUUAUCUGCACUGUCCUUUUUGGAACAAUUAAAAGUUCCAUCCCCAAAAGUUUAGCUCAUGUUAAUAUUUUUACCAAGUGACGUUUUAAGCUUUUAAAAGUUUUAAUUCAACAUUAGUUGAGCAAAAUACUUUUUAUCUCCUGUAAAAAAAAAAAAGUUUUUACCACAGUUAGGUUACAUUCGCUCAUUUUUUAUCUCUGCAUUAUAUCGUUGAAUU